AUGGAUGAAUAUUCCCCCAAUUUGCAGUUGGGACAUAGCCUGCCAAAGCGUAGACUUGGCUUUGACUCAAGUGUGCCAGACGUUGACAGACUUGCAGGAUUGCACAAGGCUGAAAUUCAAACUCCGAGGACCUCACAUUUCACAGCACACAGUCAUCGCGCCGAGCCAAUGGAGUUUGCGUCUUCAUCACCAGUCUCAUCUCCUCCUCGACCAAACAGUCCUGCUUUUACCAGUACUACGUCAAGUAGUGCAACACGUGUUGAAUUAACUCCCUUGAAAUUCCUCAAGAAGGUCAACUACCUUGAGUCACCCCAUACAAUGGCUACUGAGCUCUUAUCUGGCUCUGACCAUUCAUUUUCUCCCAAGCUAUCCCCCUCCCUUUCAGGUUCUCCAAAGGUUUACCUAUCCCCAGUGGAAGAGAUCCCAUACCUUCCCGAUGUAAAGGAGAGCUUAUUGUAUAAGCCUGACCUCUUACAAUCGCCAAAGUCACCUUCCCGGGCAGCACACUUGCAUGAGAGAUCAUCCAAGAGGCCUAUUCCAUACCCUUCUAGGCAACUUCCACUUGAUAUUCAGGUAUUUGUCAUUUUCUUUGUUCUAAACCGUUCUUACAUGAUACAUUUAAAGCACGAGGAUGUGAUAUCUAAUGGCCUCUCACAGAUGAACGUUGACACGUUGUACAAAGCCUUUAAGGCAGUACUUGCUAGCCACGAGGUUACUUGCCUUCAAGUGGCAACAUCCCUAUGGCAGGUUGAGUGCGCAGAGCGUAUGACAGCCUUAAAUCAGGCGCUCCACAAGGAGAACAGAGCCCACCUCAAUAUCAAGGAUGAACAGCUGAAGAAGAUCAGAAAUUUCUUUUCUGAGUGCCAUCGCGCAGAAAUUGAUGACGACACAAUUUACCCUCAAGCCGUCUAUGACGAUGAGUGCGAAAUGCUUCGCACCAUCACUACCCAAGCAGACUUGGUCUCAAGAUGCCUGGGUCCAGGUGCCAGGCGUGAAUUACUGGCAUCUACUGGCGAGGGUCCCUACCUACCUCGUUUUGUUGGUACUUUGAAGAAUAGGGACAGCAUUACACAUACGCUGGGGGGUGGUUACACGGACACCGGUACUGAUAUGGACUCUGAUUCCAAUUCUGAUUCCAAUCACGGUGAAGAAGAUCAUCAUCAUCACGGUGGGCAGCCGGGCCCGCAGCGCCUGUUUGGCAUGCAGUUGUGA